UUCGGCCACCACAUUUCGACAGGCCAGGCUAUUUCGUCAUAUUUUUACACCUAGCAGUAGCCUAUUUGAUUCAUACCGUUUUCGUAACUGUACGUAACUAUUUCGUUGUUAAGUAUCGUAAGUCAGCUUUUAGCAAACCCAGCACAAAAUGUCUUCCCCGUGGGCUAAAAUUCAACCCGUCGCGGCAGUGGAUCUACAAGAGAUCAUGUCAGAAGAAUUUGCUCGUGAGCUACAAGCGAAGCAAAGUCCAGCACUCCUGGUGCCAGUCGAACCGCAAGAGUCUUCAUCUAAAUUGCAACUGGAACCAGGACCGUCGUCCCCGAAGAGUGUGCCGGUUGCAGUGACGGACGAAUGCGAUGAACCGGUGGCCGGUUGUUCCCGUGCGAUCGAUCCAGGGAAACGGUUGGUCGAUAUCCCUGACGAUGUGUUGCGGGCAAUCGAACAGGCGGAUCAGAAGGAGAUUGAUUCCGACGCAGUCAUAGCGCAAAUGUUGCAGGCACAGUUUGAUGCCGAAUACGAUGAGCAAAUCAAACGAGAGGAAAAUCAUCGCAACAAGGAUUCGAAGGUGAAGGUAUCGUAUAAAAACUAUCGAAUGAUUCCAGAAGAGCUGACGUACGAGGAACCGGAUGAAAUUCCUGUGGACCAAAAAGCGGACUGGGAUAGGUUUGAGACGAACGAGAAGGAACAAAAGCUACUACCCCGAGUCGGCUUUCGAUUGAACGAGCAAGGGGAAAUGUUAACGAAACACAAUCUGGACAUUAGCGGCCGCAGCAACGCGUGUAAAGUGAUGUCUUUUCCACCGGAGUUUUCCACCGGCGAUGCGGCCGGCUUUGACAUGAAACUAUCCAACAAAGUAUUUAACCAGCUCAAGUCCCACUCGAAGAAAGCGACCAAAAUGAAACACAAAGCACAGGACAGGAAGGAAAACAUUGCUACCGCCGAGAUGGGUUUGGAUGAACCGACGCGCUUAAUUCUGUAUAAGUGGAUCAACAAUCAGCUGCUAGAGUCGAUCGAUGGUGUGAUAUCUACGGGUAAGGAAGCCGUUAUAUUGCAUGCCGAGACCGACCCAUAUAACCCGAACCUCAGCGAGGAUGAACCGAGCCCACCGAAGGAAGUUGCCAUCAAGGUGUUCAGUACGACGCUGAAUGAGUUCAAGCAGCGUGAUCGGUACAUAAAGGAUGAUUUCCGAUUUGCGGGCCGGUUUUCGAAGCAAAACGCACGUACCGUCAUCAACAUGUGGGCAGAGAAGGAACUGCGAAACUUGAAUCGGAUUCAGCGUGCAGGGAUCCUCUGUCCGAAGAUAGUGGCACUGAAGAAGAAUGUGCUGGUGAUGGAAUUUAUUGGGGAGAAUAUGAUACCGGCACCGAAGUUAAAAGAGGCCAUUCUUUCGGAUCGACAGUUAAAGGAUGCGUACCUGGAGGUCGUAGAGAUCAUGCACAAGCUGUACAAGGAAGCUCGCCUGGUACAUGCGGAUCUGUCCGAGUAUAACAUACUGAUGCACGACAAUCACUGCUGGAUUAUCGAUGUUGCGCAAUCCGUGGAACCGGGUCAUCCUGGUGCGUUGGAAUUUUUAAUGAGGGACUGCGAUAAUAUUAGCACCUUCUUCUCAAAACGAGGCGUUGCCGAUGUGAAAAGCAAGGAAGAUCUUUUCUUCGAUAUAACGGGAUUGGAUCCGCUAUCGCACAAUGCUGCCAUUCUGGAAAGGAUACACAUGAAGGGAGAACCGGCACACAUCGUUUCCAUGGUUGAUGACGACACGCCGGAAAAGUUUAAACCGAUGCGAUACCCGUUCGAGUUUGCAUGGUCAUUGGCGGAAGAAAACAGUAAGCCGAAGGGUCAUCCAACCAACCCAAACACUGGUGUUUGUUCCUCGGAUGACGAAGUAGCGUUGCAGGAGGAAGUCACUGCCGUUGCUUAAAUGCGUACUAGUAACAAAAGCUUCUAGAGGAACAUAUUUUUCUACAGCAGCAAUGUGUCUGAAGCUAGGUACGUCAGCUUCAUAACAGUCAUAAGUCCAAAGAAUAUGUUACUUCUCUAAAAAAAAAACCUUUUUUCGGAUUCGGACUGUUUUGUUUCAGCUUGAAUAAUAGUUUUCUUUGUUAAAAAGAUUUUGCAACCUCUCAAAAUUGUUGAUGCGUUCAGCUAUCAAUGCUUUUGGUCUUUGCAAAAAAAAAGAAAUUUAUCAGUUUUUUUUAUUAAAUUCAAUUUAUUUCCUGAUACAUGCAUUCGCACGAACAUACAAAUUUCAUUACAUGAAGUAAAACUUCAAUCAUUUAACCAAAUGGUUUCGGUUGCGUAAGAUUUGCAUGUGUAUAAAAUAAAUACAUUUUGUGGUGAAAUAAAAAA